AUCAUGGCUCUUCCACCAUUAAUUUUCAACUCGAUUUGUUUCUCUCUCAGAUGCUUUUAUUCUUGUUUUCUCUCUUCUUAUAAAUUGCGUGAUCCAUUUCCUAAGGUCAUUUAAGUUUUAAGGCACAAUUAGCUUAUAUCCAACAAUUUCAUAAAUGCAGGAACUUUUUAAUGGACAUCAUAAAACCAGUCAUGGAUAUUGUAAAGGAUGUUGUACCUACAGUUAAGAAAUAUGUCAAGUAUCAGAUAUGUCACAAGGAUUAUGUCAAUGAAUUCAAAGAAAUGCAAACAAAGCUGGAGCGCCGACAGAAAGAUGUUGCGGAAGGACUGCGUACUCAGCUUAUGCAGCCUGGACAGACUGCAAAGCAGGAAGUUGAAGCUUGGCUAAAGGAAUCAAACCAAGCAACUGCAGAAAAAGGGGUUGAAGAUCUAAUCUGCAAAGGGGGCUGUUUCACAUAUAUUUGCUCAUCAAGAAAGCUCGAUAAAAGGACUCAAUCACUGAAUGAAGGAAUAUUUAAGCGAGGAGAAAAAUAUACAAAUUCUGGUGUGAGUUUGGUGGUAGAUGAUCACUCAAUCAAAGGAGUUCCACUCCUUGUUGACAAAUUUAGUUGUAGGGAUGAUAUACAAGAUCAAAUUCUAGAAUGGUUGAAGGGAGACGAGGUUACAAGAAUUGUAGUUUCAGGAAUGGGCGGUGUGGGCAAGACAACAAUUAUGAAGCAAGUCCACAACCAACUCUUGAAAGAACCCAAAUUUAACAAAGUUAUUUGGGUAAAAGUGUCAAAAGACUUUGACAUUAUUGUCCAGCACAAAAAGAAGUUUGAUAUUCUCAAGUUUCAAAAAAGGAUUGCAAGUAGCUUAGAAUUAAAGCUGGAGCCAGAGGAUCAUGAGAAUGAAACCAAGCUUGCAGGAUUGAUUUCACAAAGGCUGGGGCAGGGCAGCUUCUUGCUAAUUCUGGAUGAUGUGUGGGAGCCUUUCUCUUUAGAAGAUGUUGGAAUUCCUGAUCUAGUUGGAAAUAAUGGUUGCAAGUUAGUGAUCACAACACGGUUACAACAUAUUGCUCGUGUAAUGGAUUGUAAGGUGAUUGUGGUGAAUCCUCUUCCAGCUAAUGAAGCAUCAGCAUUGUUCUUGGAGAAAGUUGGAAGUGAUGUGUUUUCAGAUGGCAAAAUUAAAAGAGAUAUAGAGCCAUUUUUAAAGCAAAUUUUGCAGAAAUGUGAUGGAGUACCCCUUGCUAUUGUGACAGUGGCAAAAUCAAUGAGAGGGAAAUUACUCCCUCGUCAUUGGAAGCUGGCACUUUCUGAAUUUAGUAAAUUUGAAAGCAUUGUUAGUUGUUUGAAAUUCAGUUAUGAAUGCCUAGAACCACAAUGCCAGGAGUGUUUCUUAUAUUGUGCAUUGUAUCCUGAAGAUUAUGAAAUCCCAAAGGAGGAGUUAAUUGAGUAUUGGAUUGAGGAGGGGCUUAUAUAUAAAGAAGGGAAAAGUAGGGAGGCAAUGAAUUGGAAGGGUCAUGAUAUACUUGAUAAGCUGGUUGACAACUGCCUGUUAGAAUUGGUUAAAAAAAAUUACCAAGAAGAUCGUGUGAGUAUGCAUGAUCUUCUCCGAGAAAUGGCGUUGGAAAUUAGUCCUCAAUUCUUGGUGAAAGCUGGCAUGGCCUUGGAAAAGUUACCAGAGGAGCAUGAAUGGAGGGAAGAUCUUUUGAAAGUUUCUUUAAUGAGGAAUUACAUAACUGAAAUUCCUUCAAGCAUGCCAUCUCUGAAGUGUCCUAUGCUCACAACCUUGCUGUUGCCCAAUAACAAAUUUUCAACAAUUCCAGAAGCUUUUUUUGAGCAUAUGCUUGGGCUCAAGAUUCUUGACCUUUCCAACAAUCUUGAGCUAAGUAGGCUGCCAAGUUCUGUGUCCAAAUUGGAGAAGCUUACUACAUUAUUGCUGGGGGAUUGUGAGUCCUUAAGAGAGGUACCAUCUUUAUCCAACCUUGUAGGCUUAAAAAAGUUGGACCUUUCCUCGACAUCAAUUGAAGAACUACCCCAAAGCCUCAACACAUUAACAAAUCUAAAAUAUCUUGGUCUUGGUGGAAGAUUACCUGAAACACUUGAUGAACUGGCACAAAAUUUCUCAAAACUUCAAUAUUUAACAGUAAAUACCUACACAAAAUUUAAAUGGGAGAAGAUUGGAAGUUGGGGGAAGCUUCAAAACCUUGAGAAGCUGAAUCUUUGUAAUUUGGAUAACUUGAAUGCAGUGUUUGGGGAAGCAGGAACAGUUGCUGAGUCAACACCUCUACCAGCUGGCACAUUUUCCUCUCUUCAAUAUAUUAGUGUUUUUGCGUGUAAUAAAAUAAAGAAGUUAUUCUCAGUUAGGUGGUUGGGGUAUCUCCAAGAACUACAAACUAUUGAUGUUAGUUAUUGUGAGCAACUAGAGGAGGUAAUAGGGUUUGAAUUUGAAGGAGGAGAAAAAGUCACUCUACCCAAGUUAGAAAGGUUGAGAUUGACCAUAUUGCCUCAAUUGAAGAGCAUCUAUAGCAGUUCCAGUACUGUUUUGAUUUGUGAUUCUAUCAAGAAGAUUGAAAUUGAGGAUUGCAAAAAUAUAGAGAGUGUUUUCUGGUCAGGGUUCAACCCACUUUCAAAUCUUGAAUAUCUAUUGCUUAGAGAGUUAAAGAAUCUGAAAUCUGUGUUUGAUGGAGAAGGUCUUGGUUUAUCGCCAUUUGUACCUCCCACAAGCUUUUUCUCUCUUAAAGAAAUUAAGGUUUUUGGGUGUGAUCAAUUAAAGGAGGUAUUCUCAUCUGGAUGGCUGCUCCACUACUUCCAAUCUCUAGAGACUAUUGAGGUUGGAUGGUGUUCACAAAUGGAAGAGCUGAUAUCGUCCUCAACACACGAAGAAGAAAAAGUCACUCUAGCUAAGUUACAAAGCUUGAAAUUGACAAGAUUGCCGGCAUUGAAGAGCAUUUGCAGUCACUCCAGUGUGUUGAUUUGUGAUUCCAUCCAGAGUCUGAGGAUUGCCCACUGCGAGAAGCUAAAGAGGAUUCCUCUGAAUUUUCCCUUGCUUGAUAAUGCCCAAUCAUCUCAUCCUCCUUCCCUCAAAGAAAUUGUGGUAUUCCCAAAAGAAUGGUGGGAAUCAUUGGAAUAGGACUAUCCCAAUGCAAAAGAAAUCCUUUUACCCUUCUGUGAAUUUCAGUAGAUUGAUUGGUUUUUGUGGUAGGGCGCACUGCAAAUAAAAUUUGGUAUUUAGCUCUGUAACCACAUGAAAGUCGGAGGAAAUCAAAUUUUCACCUAUUGCUGUUGCUGUUGGGUUUUCAAUUUAAUAUAAAUUUGAUAUUCUUUGUUUUUCUUUUGCUAUGUCUGUAUCAAAUUCUAAGUGGAAAUAUUUGUUUCUUUAUUAUGUGUGUAAUUUUGUCUUUGAAAUUGUGUGUAAAAAAGACUUGAAAUUAAUUAGGAUGUAUAUAAUUUCCUUUGGAAAGUGAAAGGGUUAUGUCCAGAAACAAGUGUAUUUGACUUUGCUUGGGAAUAUAUUAUGGAUGCCUUCUUAUAGGAGAUCUUUCACAGAAGGGUUGGAUCAGGAAGAUGGAUGCCUCUUUAUACAGUGUAGUGCAAAAACUCUUACGUGAAUGUAGGACAAUGCUAUGAUAAGCUUUGUCUUAAAGAGUUAAUUUAGGGUUGAGAUGGAAGAAUUCCGUACUGCUAGAAUUUGAUGAUCUGAACUAUGGUUGUCUUUCUGGAUUACAGCAUAACUAUUUGUCAAUAGACUGAGUAAGGCACAAUGCAGCCUGAGGUUGGAGUGUUUUCCUCUUCACCAAGUCCUCCCAUUUUCAAGUAUAUGAUACGAAAACAAUCAGAAAUGCACUGCCUCAAUUCACCAGUGCUCUAUGUUAAAAGUCUUUAUUUUUUUUAUAAUAUAAAUUAGUAUAUUAUUUUAAAGGUUAUUAAAUCCUAGGCUUCGAUUAAUAAAUCUUGAAACCAUGU